AUGCCUAAACGUGGUAAUAGAAGGAAAACUUCUUCAAGAGGUGGUAAUAAAUCUAAUGGCAGAAUCUUUUCAAAUGGAAAAAAGAAUAAUAAUAGAAUAAGAGGAAAUAAACGAAGAUCACCAAAUGAUUCUACUUCAUAUAAUGAAUUAAUGGAUUUAAAUGAUAAUAUUUAUUUACCGCCUUUAAAUGAAAAUUCAUUAGCUUCUGUAGCUAGAAAUAUCGGAAGAAGAAAAUAUGGCCAUGGGUCAUUAAUUGAAGAAAUUGUAUAUACAAAUUCUCAAAAUCAUGAUGAUUUAAUGUCUAGAAAAUUAAGAAAUCGACCCGUUCAAUUUGUACUAGCUAAAGAAAUUUAUGAUCCAAAUGUCAUUCUACAUAAAUUAACAAAUAAAGAUGAUGAAAGAGACAAGGUAAAUGUGAAUGAUAUAAUAGACGAAGAAUUUAAGAGCAUAUCCUUAGAUGAUUCAGAAAAUGAAAUUGAUGAAGAAAAAAUUAAUGAAAGUCAUUUGUUUAAUGAGGGAGAAGAAGAAGAGGAGGAGGAGAUAGAAGAUGAGGAAGAAGAAGAAGAAGAAGAAGAUGAUCAAUAUGACCAUAACCAUGGAAUGUACGGCUCUGACGAUGACGACAAUGUACAGCAAGGUGAAACAUUAUACGAAUAUGAGGGAAUAUCAGAAGAAGAGGAUAUAGAUAAUGAACUAGAGCUUAGAUUAUCAAAAUUGGAAAAGCAAAUGAAUAGAGUUUCAGAAAAAAAUGAUUUGGAAGCAAAAAGCUUAAAAGAUUCACAACUUGAUAUUAUAAUAGAUGCACCAACUCAAAAAGUUGAAGCUAAAAAAGAAAGUCCAGACAUGUCAUCUGACGAUUCACCUGAAUAUGGAUAUCUUGAAGAAGAUUACGAGUUUGAUGUUUCCAAAAUUGAAGUUUCAAAUGUUAGAUUCGGUAUUAAUAAUCAAUAUUAUAUCAAAUCAAUUGAGCUAGUUGGUAUACCAGACUCCUUUGUAUGGAUAGAUGAAGAUGAUGUAAUUGAAUUUGCAUUAAAUAAUGGAGUCAAACAACAUAGAUUAUCAAGAUUUCUUUCAUUCAUAACAAAAGGAUUGAUUGAUAAACAAGUAGAGGAAGAAAAUGAAGAAUCUGAAGUUUAUAUAUCCGAUGAUUCAGAAGUUGACGAUUAUCCAUACGAAUCGGAAGACAAUCUUAAUGAUUUAAUUGAAUAUUCAAAAAUAAAUAAAAUCAACUUUACUGAUCGCGAUGAUCUAUUUUCAAAUAAUUUACCCUUUGAAGACAGAAUUAGUUAUGAAGAAUUGGAUGAUGAAUUAGAGGAAUCAUUGCAAAGACAAUUAAAACAAUAUCAACACGAUAGAAAGAGGAAAAAUAAUGUUAAGGAACAACAAAAAAUUGAAGAAGCAGUCGCAAGAAAUGAUAUGUUGAUUAAAUAUCCAAUAAGCCUUCAUAUUAGAGAUAUCAAGAAAGAAUUUGAUUUAUUAUUGAAGGAUGAAGUUAGACAAUCUAUGAGUUUCCCAACAUUGGAUACUCAUGCACAUAAAACAAUAAAGAAAAUGGCUGAUUGUUAUCAUAUGUCAGUUCAUAAAUGUGGAGCACAAGGAGUGAGAAAAUAUUUAAAGAUUGUAAAAACAAAAGCAACUUUUAAAUAUUUACCAAAUUAUCCAAAUGUAGAUAAAAUUUUGAGAGGUAGACCUAUAUUUCAUAGAAUUGAUAAAAAACCUGAUCCUAAAAAUGGUAAGACAAAAGAUUAUAUAACGAAAUCAAAUAAAGCUAAAUUCAAAGAAGGUGAUAUAGUUGGAGCGGAAGCACCAGAAUUAGAUUCAAAUAAUUUGGGUAGACAAAUGUUGGAGAAAUUAGGUUGGACAAAAGGACAAGGUUUAGGUACAGAUAAUAGAGGUAUAAACGAACCAAUAUUAGCAAAAGUGAAGACUAGUAAAUUGGGUAUACGAUAA